CUUAAGCGUGUGCCCGAUAAUGACUAGCGCGGGAAAGACAACAUGGCGGCAGGAAAAUUAACAAAACAGCUGAUCGGAACUAAACCGCAAUAAAAUAAACACGUACAGUAUACAAAUCUUUGUCCACCAUGGAAGAGGAGUUUGACUUUGACUAUGCUGACGAACUUGAUGCUAUGGAAGAUUUUGAAGCUCCUAGCUAUAGUCCUCAGAAGUCAAAAAGAACUUUAUGUUUUGAAACACCAAAAUCAAAGACAGGGAAAGAGGAUCUGAAUGAUAGUAUUAAUCUUACGCCACUGGAAAGCCCUGCUGAUCCAGUCAAUGGUUCCCUAUUUCAUAGCCCAUCAAAGACACCUAAAACCAGGCUUUCAAGGUCUGAGAAGAGAGGUCGCUCUCAAGAUGAAUUUACAUUGUUGUCUGAUGAUGAAGACAUUUAUGAAAUGAGCUUGCCAAGUUUAGAUGUACCUGCAAGAAAAAGACCAAGAUUAAGUGAUGCAAAGGAAAUUAAAGGUCCUGACGAUGGUGAUGAUAUAGCUCCACCAGUGUCACCAUCUGCUGAAGACAAGAUCCUGGCCAUCCGCACCAAAAAAAAUGUUGUCAAUGGCAAUGAAAGCACUCAAAGAAAUAUAACACAAGAUUAUGAUUUUGAGAGGAAGAGAGUGUUUAGAAGAAUACCAUCAGGAGAUUUUGUAGGUACAACAGGCUAUGAGGGCCAGAAGGUUUAUAUGAAGAUCAAGGAUGAAAUAGAGCAGGAUAUUGAGUUUAGUAAUGUGGGAAAGAGUGUGAAGAAAACCCAGUUACUGGCCGUCUCCCUUGACGAACUGAAGGACCAACUUGAAAUAGAGAGGCAGCAAAAAUUGAUGGAAGAGGCAGAAAGACUCACACAAGAGAUUCACAGUAAUUUGAGAGAGGACAACCUUGACGGAAGUGAAGCAGAUGAUGAAGAUGAGAUCACAGACAAUGUACAGUCGGAUUCUAAGGGUCUACUGUGGGUAGAGAAGUAUGCUCCAGUGCAGUACACAGAUCUACUGAGUGAAGAGCUCAUCAACAGAACACUUCUUCACUGGCUGAAGCUGUGGGAUCACGUUGUAUUUAACAAGGAAGUCAGUACCAAGCUUAAAGAUAAAAACAAGAAGAAGGGUAAUGAUAAAGACUUCAAGAAGAAGAAGUUUGGUGCAGACCUUUUAGAAGAAGAGCUGGAUAAAUUCAACAGACCAGUACAGAAAGUUGCUCUACUGAAUGGUCCACCAGGACUAGGGAAGACAACUCUUGCUCACAUUUUGGCUCGACAUGCUGGCUACAACAUGGUCGAGAUCAAUGCCAGUGAUGACCGCAGUGUAGAUGUGUUCAAAACCAAGAUUGAGGCUGCAACUCAAAUGAAGUCUGUUCUGGAAGCAGAUCCUAGACCAAACUGUCUUGUUAUAGACGAGAUAGAUGGAGCCCCACAGCCUGCCAUCAACAUGCUGCUCAACCUGAUCAAAAAGACAGACGAAGGCAGUGGUAAAAAGAAAGAAGGUGGUAUUCUGUUACGUCCAAUCAUCUGCAUCUGUAACGACCAGUAUGUUCCUUCGUUGCGCCUUCUAAGACAGAAUGCGAUGGUUAUAACGUUCCCACAGACAGAGCCAGCCAAGCUUGCCAGCAGACUGUAUGAGGUGACAAGAAAAGAAAGUUUGAAGGCUGAUAUGAACAGCUUAUUAGCUUUGUGUGAGAAAACUGACAAUGACAUCAGGUCCUGUCUCAACACAUUACAGUUUAUCCACCGUCACUGUAAGGAGCUGUCGAUACGUCUGAUCCAGACCAUGAAUGUGGGACAAAAGGACUCGCAAAGAAGUUUGUUUUCCGUCUGGAAUGACAUCUUCACCCUGCCCAGACCUAAACGAAAUCGAUUUUUGAACAUCAAUGAUCUUAAGAAUGAAGAAUGGAAAGUCAACAACACAUCUGAUGCUGCUAGGUUUCAGAAUGUAUUACAAGCCACCUACUCUAGUGGUGAGUAUGAGAAAGUCAUACAGGGAUUGUUUGAGAACUACCUGGAAUGCAAGUACAAAGAUCCCAAAAUGGAAGGUCUAAACUUCGCCUUGGAUUGGUUGUGUUUUGUGGACAGAACAAACCAGUAUAUUGCCCACAAACAAGACUACUGUCUGUUGCCAUAUAUCCCAUAUGUCACUGUCACAUUCCAUAUGCUGUUUGCAUCCAAUCAGGCCCCUCGAAUCCAGUACCCUCACAGUCAGUACGAGGCAUCCGUGAAGUUGACCAAAUCUCAAAAUUUGGUAACGGCGAUGAUGACAGACAUGAUCCCAUCAGUUAGGAAGUACCUAGACCAGGGGAAGACUGUUCUCGAGGUGUUACCUCCCCUGAUGGACAUCAUCAUGCCCACACUUCGUCCUAUAAAUACCCAGCUGUACAGUACGAGGGAAAAGGAAGAAUUGGCCCAGCUGAUCAGGAUAAUGAUCGCCUACAACAUGACCUACCUGCAGGAAAAGUCUCCCGAUGGCCAGUACAUCUACUCACUUGACCCGAAAGUGGACGAGGUGGUCAAGUUUUUGGGCAUGAAGCAGCAGAGACAGCUUACCUAUGCUGCAAAGCAACUGAUUGCCAGGGAGACAUCUGAGAGAAGUGUUGGCGAGGAGGUGAGUCGCAACAGGGGAGGAUCAACAUCACUGUCAUCAUCAAAUCAAUCCAAGACAGACGAGGCGUUCAUACCUAAUCAUAAACGUAGACUGGACCCUAAAGCUGUGUCUGUGGCACCAGAAGAAGUGAUUGUAAGAGACUUUUUCGGGCGGAUUAUAAAGAGGAAAACUCCGGAAGCCAAACCAAAACAAACUGCUGGUGGAGAAGAAGUGAAAAAGAAGAAAAACGUUUUAAACACGGACGUAUGGUUUCAUUUUAAAGGAGGAUUCUCAAAUGCAGUGCGACGAAAUGUGCGAGUACAAGACUUCUUAUGAGUACAAGUUUACACUGAAGACUAUAAUACUCUGAGUAACGGUUAGAGAUGGGAUGUGUGAGAAAGGCUCUCAAUAAGCCAUAGGAAUGCACUGCUUUUCCUGAAAAAUGAUUGAGGACACGUACAUUUUACAAAAAAGUAUUUUUAAGAAUGGUGCCUUUCUGUGAUCUCCUGUUUUCAUUGCAUUAGUCUGUUUAUAUUUUAAGUCCAACAUCAGUUUGAGGACAAUACAUACUUACAAUAUAAAAUAAAUGCUUUUCAACACAUGAAUAGUAGAAAUACUUAAGUUUCAUUGGAAGAUGGUCAUCAAACUGCAGGCUGUUAAUGAGACUACAGGAAUUCCAUUACUUGGUUUAGAUUAGCAGUAGUUGACAUAAAUAUCUUGUAUUUCUGGAUUUUGAAGCCAGAUGAAACUGUGAUUGUACCAGAUGAGUCGGCACUGAAGCAUGCAUUGAGUGACAGUAGGUGACCUUUGACCUAAGGAAUAGAUGGAAGAGGUAAUCAAGGGUGGAUAUACUUAUUUAUCCUUAAUACUUGCCACAGGUUUCAUCACUUUAUUUUUGAAUAAGUCCAUACCAAUUUAUAGACAUGAUAUUUUCAAUGACACAUUUGUGUUAUGAAGUCACAUCUUAAAUCAGCAUUAUACCCACCUGACUGUUGAUUUAUAUAUUUGGUACAGAGUAAAACUAUUUUUGCCUUGAUAUAUUAAUGAUGUGAUUAACUGGAUAUCAAACUUGUGGAGAUGAGUUUGAAAGGGCCCUGCAUUUGGAGAAUGUGGAGCCCAGUAGUAAUCAUCUCGCUGUUCUUAUAUUUGCUUUUGGUAUCUGUUUAAUAACUUUCUAAUAUAAUGUCCAGUUUUGAUGAAAUAUUGUAAGCUUGAACAGAGACCUAGGCUGUAGAAUUCGAAUUUAAGGCAACACCAUGAAUGCUUAAUUAGUAUAAUACAUUCUUAUUGGUCAAUAUUUUCCAUACAAUGAUGUCAUCAGAUCUGACUAAGACUUAGCUAAAUUUUGGUCAACAUUAUACAAUACAGUGACUUAGACAACUGUUACAAAGUAGCUUACAGGAACUGGGUGACACAGAUCGAUUCUAUAGGAAGGGAGGUAACUCCUAUAACUAUAAUAUUGCAUCCAGGUGAACUAUGCUAAUUGUUUAUUUCAAAAUUCAAAUUGAAUUCAAAUCAAUGUAAUUUGUCUGAUAUAUUAUUAAUCCCAGCAAGUAUGAAAUUCAAAGUUCAAAAAUAUGAAUGUAUACAUGUACAAAAAUAUUCGUAAGGAAUUUCAGAAAAUUGAGAGAUUCAGUUUGUAAGGUUUACAAAGUUAUGAAAUACAUGCAUGACCGAUUUUUUGAGAAAAUGGAGUAAAUAAAUUUGGAUGUCCAUCUGUAAUGCUUCUUUUCCAUGCAGUAACUCCCCAAAUCUGGUCCAAUUUCAACUAAUGGUUUCUAAUACAUGUUGGAAAAUGUCAAACAAGUUUGAUGGCAAAAUCGAUGGGUGCAUAAUUAAAGUACUGUGAAAACAUGAGGUUCUAUUUAUAACGCAUUAAACAUCGUUGGUUGUUGUCAUUGCCUUAGAAUCAACGAUAAAAUCAUGUUAACUUCUGACUGCAUGGCCGGUCAAUUUACAAAAUCAAAAAGCAAACUGAGCAUUGUUCUUUUCAUAACAUAUUUUAAAAUAAACAUAAUUGUUAUUCUGUAUUAUAUACAUGUAUUUGUUAAGUGAUAAUUUGUAAAUGUGUAUCCUGCAUACAGUGCUGGUUAACCACAUACUUAGAGGGGC